UCCAAUAUAUCUAUUUUUCUCACUCUGUAGAAUAAAGAAAGCUUCUUUUGGUGUCAGUUACGGUUAAUUUACAAAACAAAAUAAAAGCAAAUCCUGGUGAAUGCAUCGUUGUUCGUCCUGCUGAAUGACGUCACUUAAACAUCGACAAUGUAUCAAAAGGUGUAAGGAGGUUUUGAUUUGUGGUCGGGGUGCGGGUGUCUGUUGUGUGAGGGCGGUUGCUGUACGGGUGUGAUAGAUAAGGCAUCUUUUAUUUUGUUUUUGGUGACAUUGAACCAAAAAUGGUGUUACUGGCCGCAGCAGUUACCACUCGGUCAGGGAAAGCUAUUCUUUCCCGUCAAUUCAUUGAAAUGCCGAAGCCUAGGAUUGAGGGGCUUUUAGCGGCUUUCCCGAAGCUUAUGUCAGCUGGAAAGCAGCACACGUUUGUGGAGACCGAUUCAGUCAGGUAUGUCUACCAGCCGCUGGACCAGCUGUACGUGCUGCUCAUCACCACCAAGGCGUCCAACAUCCUUGAGGACCUGGACACGCUGCGGCUCUUCACCCGCGUGGUGCCCGAGUACUGCGGCUCGAUGACAGAGUCGGACGUCUUCGAUAACGCCUUCAGUCUCAUCUUCGCCUUCGACGAGAUCGUGGCGCUGGGCUACAAGGAGUCGGUCAACCUGUCGCAGGUGCGUACGUUCGUCGAGAUGGACUCGCACGAGGAGAAGGUGUACCAGGCGGUCCGACAGACCCAGGAGCGGGAGGCCAAGCAGAAGAUGCGCGAGAAGGCCAAGGAACUGCAGCGGCAGAAGUACGAGGCACAGAAGAGGGGCGUCAGCUCCAUGUCCUAUUCGGGAGGCAGCAGCGGCGGCAGCAUCAAUGUCAUGCCGCAGGUGGGCGACACUGCCAGCACCUACUCAGAACCUCGCCGGCCGGCCCCCGCGCCAGCACGGCCCACCGGGCCCAGUCGCGCGCUCAAACUGGGCAAAAAGGCGCGCGACGCCGACUCGUUCGUGGACCAGCUGCAGUCGGAGGGUGAGCAGGUGGCGCCGCGCGCGCCGGCCGGCGGUCCGGCGGCUGCGCGCGCCGCGCCGGCCGUGCCCGUCAGCUCCGAGCCUGUGGCGCUGUUGGUGGCCGAGAAACUGACGCUGGUGGCGCCGCGCGACGGCGGACUGCAGAACCUCGAGUUGCACGGCCAGAUGACGCUGCGCAUCACGGACGAGAGCCUGGCGCGGCUCCAGGUUCAGGUGGUCAACAAUGACACACGGGGUCUGCAGACCCAGACGCACCCACAGGUGGACAAGGACGCCUUCCGGGGUCAGUCGACCAUCCGACUGAAGAACGUGCAGAAACCGUUCCCCGUCAACACAGAUGUUGGAGUGCUGAGAUGGCGUUACCAGACAACUGACGAGUCGGCCAUUCCUCUGAGCAUCAAUUGCUGGCCCUCAGAGAAUGGCAGCGGCGGCUGUGACGUCAACAUCGAGUACUCGCUCGAAGACAAGAACAUGGAGCUCAGCGAUGUGGUCAUAUCGGUGCCGCUGGUGCGCGGGACCGGUGACCCCGUAAUCGCCGAGUGUGACGGAACCUACACACACGACUCUCGGCGACCCGCGCUGCUCUGGAACAUUCCGAUAGUGGAUGGCGACAACGCGUCCGGCUCGAUGGAGUUCAGCGCCGGUGGCACCCCGGGCGAUUUUUUCCCGGUGACGGUAUCAUUCACCAGUCAGAAGUCCAUGGCCGAUAUUCGUGUCACAGGCGUUACGUCAGUGGAUACGAACGAAGCCAUCAAGCACUCGGUCAACGUGUCGCUAUUCCCCGAGAAGUACGAAAUUGUCUGAGCGGAUAGGGGCGUACUGUAUAAACCGCGAUUUAACGCGCGGCGGUGUGGAGGGUGGUACAGCAAUGAUGGCAUGUCUUGACGCAGUGUCCGAAGUUAUUAUGCUGCAGCGGAGGUUAAGUUUCCCGUACCGAGCCUGUUGAUGAGUGUGUUUCACACAGUCUGAGGCUACAUUAGGAAUUAUUAUUCGACGUCCAUGUGGUAUAGAAUCGGAGCUGUUUUGCUACUGUGUUGUGCUAUCGGAAUAUGACCGGCCCAUUCUGUCCACAAUUCCUCGCCUGGUAUGGUGACAUAAUUAAGUUUUGUGUAAAACAGCGGCCAGGAACAGACUUACGUUUGGUUUUGUUGGCAAUACGGAACAUAGGAAAUCCGCCUAAGAAUCAACCUGGAAAUGUGGUAAGGGGAUCUACCGUGUUGUUUUGCAAGUUCUGCGCUUUGCUCGCACUGGCUUGGAUGAUUAGCUGCAUUUAUAUUUAAUAGGUGUCUGGAGGUGCCUGAAAUAGCGCAGAUCGUUGAGAAAAAUGUCACUGAUGCUGGCAAAAUGUAGACUAAGGUUUCUUAUAUCCAUAUAACUAUGCUAGUUAUAUGUAUAUGAGAUCAAUAGAUGUGCAUUGUGCAGGAACCUCGACAGAAAAGUACGAUCAGUGAAGCGGUACUUCCCCGGCCCAAGUGUCGCUAAGUUGUAUGGUCUGGACAGGGACAUGAAUUCCACUCUUGUUUACUGUUUCGGAAAUAAAAACAAAUUUAUCAACAAA